GAUGUACGUUGAAAAGUUGAAAGAGUUGUCGCUUAGAUUUGUCGUGAGAAGCUUACGUCUGAUGAGUGAAGUUUGUAAAAAGAACUGUUUGCUUAUACCUCAUUCGCUUGGUAUGGAAAUUUUUAGUUAUAUUUGUAACGAUCAGUACAACUACUGUUUGAACGAUAUGAACUUUUUCUCUUCGAAUAUAAUGCAAUUAACGUCGGUUAAGAUGAAGAAUAAAGACUUAGCAGAAGGAUUGAAUGGUGGAUUUUUAAGGAAUCAUCCAGUUAAAUCCUUAUCGUUAACAAACUAUCAUCAAAUUAAUAAACUACAUCUUUCACCUUUGCUGGAAAAUUUCGAAAUGAUUAAUUGCAAUCUUCAGUCGUCGGAUAUCAACUAUUUGGGAAGAUUGUUGUCGAAUUGUUGUUGGAUAAAGGUGAUACGGCUGGAAGAAACUGUAAAUCAUCUGAAGUGUUUAAAUUCGGCAACUUGGCAAAAAGGAUUUCAAGAGAUUUGCGAAGGAUUGAAAUCUUCGUCAAAUUGUCUAGUAAAAAUCGAAGUGAUCGACUGUUCCCUGACUGGAAUACAGUCGUCCUCUUUAGGCGAUUUACUCAAACAGUGUACUAUGAUGCAAGAAAUAGAUUUGAGCUUUGACACUAAAUGUAGAGAAGGACUGAAGAAGACAUUCGACGGAUUGAAAUCUUCAGUGGAACAUCUCCUAAACGUUAAACUAUCUCUUCAGCUAAACGAAAAGGUGUGCAUUUGGUUAGGGGACUUUUUAGCGCAAUGCUCUUCGUUAAGACAAAUCUACUUGUGCUCGCUCGGUGGUUACGGUCACGAGUUGAAAAAGAAAAUCUUUAUCGCCCUACAAUCCUCCUCAGCCUCUCUUUUCAAGAUUGCCCUUGUAAACGUUAGUCUAACCGAAGAGGAGGGAUAUUCGCUGGGUGACUUAUUCAAACGGUGUAAUUCAUUAAGAGAAAUCCAUUUUCAAGGCGCCGACAACUACGUAAAGGGGUUAGAGUGGAUAUUCGAUGGGUUAAAAUCAUCGUCGGAUUGCCUAAUAAAACUUGAGCUCGGUAAGUUGAGUUUAAGUGAAAGAUCAAGUGCCAAAUUAGGCAAUUUAUUAAAAGAUUGUAGGCGAUUGGAAGAGAUUCGCUUGAACGAGAAUGAUAUCCAAAAAAAUGGAUUGGAAAAGAUCUUGAAAGGAUUGAAAUCAUCUUCAAAUUCCCUUUUAGAGAUAAAUAUUAAAUGUCAAUUGUCUGAGGGAGAGUGUUGUCUGUUGGGUGAUUUUCUCAAAGGCUGCAAUUCAAUUCGACAAAUGAAAUUCUUUACGGAUAAUAAGCACGGAAAAAAGGGAAUCGGAAGAAUAAUUCACGGUUUAAAGUCGUCUUCGGGCAAUCUUUUAAAAAUCAACAAUGACGAAUAUUCUUUCAACGAUGGGGAGACUGUUGCUUUGGGUGAUCUAUUAGAACAGUGCACUUCUCUUCGAGAAAUUCAAUUUAUUUCUAGCGCAUGCGCCGAAAGAGGAUUUGAGAAACUCUUCGCGGGACUUGGCACUUCGUGUCGUUCAUUGUCAAAGAUCUGUCUUUCAGGGUGUAAACUGAACAAAAAAACGGGUUUCCGGUUGGGUGCUCUAUUGAAAGAUUGUAUUUGGUUGGGAGAAUUCUAUAUGACGAAGAGUAGAGUGAGCGGAGAAGGAUUCGAGAAGAUAUUCGACGGAUUAUCAACCUCUUCGCAAACGCUUUUAAACAUAAGCUUUAGCGAUUGCGACUUGAACGAAGAAGAAGCUUACUGUUUGGGAGAUUUGUUUGAAAAGUGCUCAUCAUUGCAAGAGAUAAACUUAUCGAAUAAUACAAGAUACGGAAAGGCAUUCGAGAGAAUACUUGAAGGGCGAAGCGUCUUUAGUUCAAUAAAUCAGAAUCCACCCGUCGACGGCGGCAACGAUGUUAACGGAUUUGGAGAAUUAUGUUAUAGAUUAUCCUUCUCAUCAAAAUCGCUUCUUGAAAUGAGCUUUUCCAAUUGUAAUCUCACUGAACAGCAAAGUCUAUCGUUAGCUGAUCUACUAAAGGAAUGUAAAUUAUUAAGGAAAGUCAAUUUAAGUUUAAAUAGUCGUUGCGGAAAUAGUCUUAAAGGUAUCUUCGUAGGAUUGAGAUCUUCGGCUAAAUCACUAGUGGAAGUGAUCCUCGGUGGCUGUCAGUUCAACGAGGAACAAAGCCAUUGGCUGGGAGAUUUUUUAAGAGAAUGCAAUUCGUUGGAUAGAGCAAUUUUAUGGUCGAACGAUUCUUGGGGGAAGGGGUUUAAAGAUGUAUGCGAAGGAUUAAAAUCGUCGUCACACUCACUAUCGGAAGUUGACUUUAGCAAUUGUAAAUUGAAUGAAGAGCAGAGUUUUUGGUUCGGUGAUUUUCUGAAGCAGUGUAAUUCAUUACAAAAGGCCAGUUUAAGUAGGAAUGAAAACUGCCGUAAAGGUUUCAAAGCAAUUUGCGAAGGAUUAAAAUCAUCGUCAAAAUCUCUUUUGGAAAUUACUAUAGGCUGUUGUAAUAUAAAUCAAGAACAAAGUUUUUGGUUGGGAGACGCUUUGAAAGAGUGCAAUUCACUAGAGUAUUUUGGUUUUGGUGAGAAUGACCAAUGCGGAGAGGGAUUUAGAUCAAUUUGCGAUGGAUUAAAAUCUUCGUCAAAAUCACUUUCAUUACUAGAAUUUUGGCAAUGUAAACUAUCGGAGGAGCAAGGUUGUUUUUUAGGUGAUUUUCUUAAGGAAUGUAAUUCAUUAGAGAUUGUUGCUCUCUACGGAAAUAAACAUCUUCAGCAGGGAUUUAUGAAAAUUAUAGAUGGAUUAAAAUCAUCGUCAAAUUCUCUCAAGGAUCUUGGUCUCUUUGAAUGUGAUUUAACAAAAGAGCAAAGAGACUAUUGUGAUUUAUAUUUAGGCAGACGUUGUAGUUUUUGA